AGUUCGUGGAGCGCGUCCAGCGAUUCUGGAACCGAUUCUAAAAUGUGCACGAACCUAGACGUCGAGACUGCUUACAAACAGGACCCCAACCUGAAGAGGGACGACGUGAAAAAAUUGCUGGUGUGGUUGGAGAAACAGAAUCACCUCCCUAAGAUCACAGAGUUGGAAGUGGCCGUUUUCUUGUCCAGCUGUUUGUACAGCAAUGAGGCGGCCAAAAAAGCUCUGGAUAACUUCUACACCAUCAGGACUUUGUGUCCGGACAUAUUUUUCCGGGGUAACGAGCUGCAGGAGCCCGGUUUCCAGGCCACCCUAAACGUCUCGUUGAUGAAAGUGCUGCCACAACAAACCCCUGAGGGCUACUGCAUAAACUACAUGAAACUAAUCGACUGCGAUCCGGACAAAUUCGACCUAAUCCACCACGUAAAAAUGUUCGACAUGCUGACCCUCCUCCACGUCCACCAGCAAGGACCCUGCAAGGGCUACGUCCUGAUUUUGGACAUGGACGGCGCAGUCUUCGGCCACCUCACCAAAUUCAACUUGAUCGUGGCCAAAAAGGGCAUGUUUUAUUUGCAGGAGGCCAUGCCUGUUAGACUGAAGAGCAUCCACUUGAUCAACAUCGUGCCUUGGGCCGACAAACUGGUCGGCUUGGUUAAGCCGUUCAUGAAAAGGGAACUUUACGACAUCUUGCACCUGCACGCAGGCUCAGGAGGGGACUUCCUCAACUACGUGCCCAAAGAGUGCAUGCCAAAGGAACGUGGAGGAGCAGCUCCCUCGUUCAAAGAACUACAAGAAAAUACCAAAAAAUUACUCAAUGACAACGAAAGCUUUUUUAAAAGACAAGGUAAUUUAUUGGUGGAUGAGAGUAAAAGAGCUGGAAAGGCCAAAAAUGAAGGGGACCUGUUUGGAAUUGAGGGAACUUUCAAGAAACUGGAAGUGGACUAAAAAUAUAAUGCUAGUCUUAAGAUUUUGUGAUAAACUGUAAAUAAAUUAUAGACAAUAAACAAAAAUAUUACAAUUUA